AUGGCCUUCAAACGUGAAACUGUGCAGAUUGAGAAUUCUGUAUAUCAAGGUUUCGAGCUCAAGGCAAGAUCUUUGCGGGAUGCAAGUGGUGCACUGUUUUACUACUGUCCAUGUCGUUGUGGUUUCGUAUAUGAUGCGAAUCUGGUACCAUACCGCCCAGUCGCUGUGGAAUACGUACCUAAACCGGGGCUAGUGGAGCCGCAAGAUUUUGAAUUGAAACAAUAUUUCUUAGAUAUACAACGGCAACAACGUGGACACCAACCUCAUCUGCUACAACAGCUGAUCGAGAACCCACACCAAUAUAUGUUGCAAUAUCAAAAUUAUAUGAACCAACAUUACAAUAGAUUUCUGCAUCUGACGGCACCGCAGGAACCCGGAAGACCGAGCCAUUAUGUUAUUGUUGAUCCGGUAGAGAACCCACAAGUGGUAGAACCACUUCAAAAUUUGGAGGCACACAAUGACCAACAAAUUGCUGCUGCUGAAGAAGAAGUAAAUGUGGAAAGAGCAGGAGAUGAGGAGGAGGAACAAGCGCAUAUAGUAGUUGAUGAUGAACAAGAGGUGGAGGUACAAGACCAAGAGCAAAUUGUGGUUGAUAAUGAUGAAGAAGAGGAGAAGGAAGAAGAACAGCGGGAAGAUGUUGCUGAUGAGAAACAACAUGAAGAGGAAGAGGAGGAAUUUGAAUAUGAAGAGAAUGAGGAAGACGAUGAAGAUGAAGAAGAACGAGAGGAAGAGGUAGAAGAACAAGAGCAUAUUGUGGUUGAUAAUGAUGGAGAAGAGGAGAAGGAGGAAGAACAGCGGGAAGGUGUUGCUGAUGAAGAACAAGAUGAAGAAGAGGAGGAGGAAUUUGAAUAUGAAGAGAAUGAGGAAGACGAUGAAGAGGAAGAAGAACGAGACGGAGAACAGGUAGAAGAACAACAGAGAAAUAUGUCGCCGCCACCAUUAGAAGAACAGCAACGUGCUGUUGCGAAUGAAGAAGAUGAAGAGGUAGAAGAAGAUGAAGAGAUAGAAGAUCAUGAGCAUAUGGAGAUAGAUAAUUCUGAUGCUGAAGAAGAGUUAGAAGAUCAUGAGCAUAUGGAGAUUUCCGAUGAUGACGAAGAAGAAUAUGGUUUGUUGCCACAACCAUUAGAAGACCAGCAACCAUUUUUUGCUGAAGAAGAAGAAUAUGAAGAAGAGGAGGACGAAGAGAUAGAAGAAGAAGAGCUGCCAAAUAUGGUACAAGCGCAUAUGUUACAAGCGAAACCAAUACAAUGUUAUGCUAUUUCUUCGACAAGUUCGGAUGACUCAGAAGAGGAUGCGAUAUAUAUGGACGACGGUUUUCCAGCUGCCGUCAAUGAAUGGGACGUUAUUCAAAGCCAGAAAAUAAGUAGUACAGUCAAAGUGGAAGGUGACAUGGAUGACGAUGAAAACGAUUGGAGUACAGACAGCGCCGAUGAAGAUUACUACUGA